UGUAUGUGCAGUGAAAGUGAGUGUCUCGGAGUCGACACUUACAGUAAGUCUAUAUGAGUUUGCAAUGAGAGUGCUAUGAAUGCCAUACCAAAUGAAAAACACUUGACUUCACAUUACAGUAGAGUUUGUGUGAAACACAUAUAACGAUAUCUUUUGGCUUUAGGUGUCAUAUAAAAAAACAUUACAUAUAUUGUAUACUAUCAUCACAUUUGAGUUCACACAACAGUAUUUAAUUAACUCAUCAUUUAAUUGAUUAUUGUUUUAAAUAAUUACCACAAUUUUGCGUUGAAUUUGUUUAUCAUAUAUACAUAUAUCAGUAUUUAAAUUAGUCAACUAUUUAUUUAUUUAUUUUAUUUUUUUGGCGACAAAAUAAAAAUGUUAAUCAAAGAGUUUCGUGUUGUACUUCCGCUGACCGUUGAAGAGUACCAAAUCGGACAGUUAUACUCUGUGGCCGAGGCGUCCAAAAAUGAGACGGGAGGUGGAGAGGGGGUCGAAGUGCUCCGCAAUGAACCCUUUGAUAACUAUCCACUUUUGGGCGGAAAGUUUAGUAAAGGCCAAUACACGUAUAAGAUUUACCAUUUGGCCAGCAAAGUCCCGGGGUUUGUGAAGAUGUUGGCACCGAAGGGAUCACUUGAGAUACACGAAGAAGCGUGGAAUGCAUAUCCCUAUUGCAAGACUGUUAUCACUAACCCGGACUACAUGAAGAACAAGUUCCAUAUCACUAUUGAGACAAUGCAUUCACCCGAUAGGGGAAACCAAGAGAAUGCCCAUCAGUUGUCACCCGAGAAACUGAAACAAAGAGAUAUAGUAUUCAUCGACAUCGCCAAUGAUAAUGUUUUGACCAAAGAUUAUAAGCCAUCUGAAGAUCCAACAAGAGUGACAUCCGAGAAGACAGGAAGGGGUCCAUUAACUACCAAGAAUUGGAAGGAUACGGUUGAACCAGUGAUGUGCGCCUAUAAGUUAGUGACUGUUGAAUUUGUUUGGUUUGGAUUUCAAAAUAAAGUGGAGUCAUUUAUUCAAAAGACUGAAAGGCGAGUAUUUUUGAAUUUUCAUCGCCAAGUGUUUUGUUGGUUAGACCGAUGGCACGGAUUAACAAUGGCUGACAUUAGAGAAUUAGAAGACAAAACAAAACGCGAAUUGGAUGAGCAACGAAAUCAGGGGUCUGUAAGAGGCACACAAAAUGAUGAUUAAUAUUAAAAUUUAAUUAAAUUAAUAAUGAUUCCAACAAAUUAUGUUGAUAUAAAUUUAUUGAAAU